UCACACAAAAACAAGGGCGAUCACGGAAGGCAGCAAGCCCCACACGUCGCGAUCGCGGCGAUCACCGCCGCCUCCUCCCCCACACAACCACCGGAAUCGUCGACGGCCUCCCGCCCAUCCCGACCUCUCGCCAGCGAUAAGCAAAUCUCGCCUCCCCGUCCUCUCGUCCACAAAACCCUCUUUCUUUUACGACCCCCAAGUAACCCCUCCCUCUCGUUCCCCCCCCCCCCGCCUCCGCUCCAGCACAGCGUUCGUCAGCUUCCCGGUGCUCCCCAAAUGGCGUCCGCGGCCGCGCCGACCACCUCCUCGGUCUCCCUCGCCGCCAGGCGCGCCGCCUCUUCGGUGGCCGCCGCGGCCGCUCCGCUUCGCCGCGGGGGGCUCGCCACCGGGUGCCUGCAGCCGGCGCGGUCGCUGGCGUUCGCGGCCGCCGCCGACCCGCGGCUGGCGACCCACGUCGCGUCGCGGUGCCGCUCGGCGUCGUCCGCGCGCGGGACCCGCGCCGUCGCCACCAUGGCGAAGAAGAGCGUCGGGGACCUCACCGCCGCCGACCUCGAGGGGAAGCGCGUCUUCGUGCGCGCCGACCUCAACGUCCCCCUCGACGAGAACCAGAACAUCACCGACGACACCCGUGUCCGCGCCGCUAUCCCCACCAUCCAGUACCUCAUCAAGAACGGUGCCAAGGUCAUCCUCUCCAGCCACUUGGGUCGUCCUAAGGGUGUUACUCCCAAGUUUAGCUUGGCUCCCCUUGUACCACGACUGUCUGAGCUUCUCGGCAUAGAGGUGACUAAGGCAGAAGAUGUUAUUGGCCCAGAAGUUGAGAAAUUGGUCUCUGGAUUGCCAAAUGGUAGUGUUUUGCUCCUUGAAAAUGUAAGAUUUUACAAGGAAGAGGAGAAGAAUGACCCAGAAUUUGCCAAGAAGCUUGCCUCCUUAGCAGAUCUCUAUGUCAAUGAUGCGUUCGGAACAGCCCACAGAGCUCAUGCAUCGACUGAGGGAGUUACCAAGUUUUUGAAGCCAUCUGUUGCAGGGUUCCUUUUGCAGAAGGAGCUUGACUACCUUGUUGGAGCUGUUUCAAACCCUCAGCGCCCAUUUGCUGCCAUCGUGGGUGGUUCAAAGGUGUCAUCCAAGAUAGGGGUUAUCGAAUCCCUGUUGGAGAAAUGUGAUAUCCUUCUUCUAGGUGGUGGUAUGAUCUUCACAUUUUACAAGGCACAAGGACUCUCUGUUGGUUCUUCCUUGGUUGAGGAAGACAAACUUGAGCUUGCAACAUCUCUCCUUGCAAAGGCAAAAGAAAAGGGUGUCGCUCUACUGUUGCCAUCUGAUGUUGUGAUUGCUGAUAAAUUUGCCCCUGAUGCUAACAGCAAGGUUGUACCAGCAUCUGCUAUUCCUGAUGGUUGGAUGGGUCUGGAUAUUGGUCCAGAUUCAGUUGCGUCAUUCAGUUCUACCCUGGAAACAACGAAGACAGUCAUUUGGAAUGGACCUAUGGGUGUCUUCGAAUUCGACAAGUUUGCAGUAGGAACCGAGGCUAUUGCAAAGAAGUUGGCUGACCUUAGUGGCAAGGGUGUUACAACUAUUAUUGGAGGAGGUGAUUCUGUUGCGGCUGUUGAGAAGGUGGGAGUCGCAGAUGUUAUGAGCCACAUUUCAACAGGAGGUGGUGCUAGCUUGGAGCUGUUGGAAGGAAAGGAACUUCCUGGAGUUAUUGCACUGGAUGAAGCUGUCACUGUGGCCGUAUGAGGCUAAGUUUCAUUUUGUUGCAUCUUCUUCAUGUACCAUUCUAAACUUGCUAUAUAUUCUACUCUUUUCUUGCACCCUCUUCAACCACUCGAAAUGUAAGAGACCAAUGUUUUAUAGAGAUGCUGGAAAUUGUUUGAAUAACUUCCCAGCAUUUUGUGUUUGUUUGUUAUACCUUACCCAGUUUACACAA